GGCGCCUGGACGCAUUCUGCAAAACCAAAGCCAAGAGGCGGAGGGAGGCCCUGCGGGAGGUGGGCGUGGGGGGGCACCCCCGAGCCUGGGGUCCCCCGGGAUGGGGGAAGAGGUAUCGCCGCCGUGCCAGGCGCCCCGCGGACCCGCGCGGCCUGGGGGCCUCUGACAGCCUCCGCCGCACUUCCCUAGGCCCCCCCGGCCCUCACGGCUGAGCCGGCCGCCUCUGCACUCGCGGGGUCAGGUCGGGGCUUGGCUCAGGCCCCGGGGCCAGGACGGGGACCAGGUCGGGAGGGUCCCCGCCCGGAGCGCGGGCUGGGGGCUGGGGUGGGGGUGGGGCGCGCCGCUGCCGUCGCCCCCGCCCCGCCCCCAGGGCGUUCCGGGCGCCCCGCCCCGUCCGCAGGCUCCGGGGUGCGGGCGGGCGGCCGGCAGGUGGGCGCGCUCUCGCCGGGCGGGGGUCCGGCCGGGCCGCGCGCCUCCCCCGGAACUCGGCCAUGCCAUUCCCAUGAUGCCCAGCCACCGGGCACGGCUUCCGGAGCGCGGCCGCCGCCGCCGCCGCCCGGAACUUGGCCCUGACAAGGAUGAACCGACCUGUGAACUUGAGAAAACGAAAGCCCAGAGAACGACAGGAAGUUCCCGGGAGACGCUGCCUGUGUGUGCGUGUUGUGUGGGCCUGGUGCUGGGUGGUCCGCAAGCAUCUUCUUCCUGACUGUUCACAGCGGCCUGGGCUGCACAUGCUCCUCCUGCGACAGCUCUGGGCCCCUGUGUCUGCGCGGUGUCUCCGGGGCCACAGGCGACGAGAGCAGCGAGAGCGGCCCUGGCUGGCUUCCCAAACGCCUGACGCCGGUGUGCUCUCCUUCCCGCCCAGGAUGUGACACGGGCAGAGACACAGACCCACUUCCCCGCGUGCCCAUCCCCGCCUGCUAGAAUGUUCCUCAUGAAGGCUCCUCCAGUGGUUGCUCUCCAGUCCACAUGGGAGGCGUUUGGCCCGUCUGGAGACUUUAGGCUGCCUGGUGAGGGCGCGGCAAACGCGGCGGUGAGCGCCCAGGUUCAGAUGAUCCUCGGCAAGCUGCGGGGCGACGAGGCUGCCUGGGGGAUGAGCGAUGGGUGCGCUGCGCAGAGAAGCCCGAGGGCGGAGCGCUGCCGCGACGCCCGGCUGGCCGCCCACCCCACUGUGCUGAGCGAGCGGCCCCCGUUCGCCGCCUGCGCUUUUGCUGCUGGUGUCGACCCCACGGAGGAGGAGGAAGCUGCGGACUUCGGCCCCUUGGUGCUGGAUUCGGACAGUGAUGACUCCGUGGACCGGGACAUCGAGGAAGCCAUCCAGGAGUAUCUGAAGGCAAAGAGCAGUGCUGCGCAGCCCCUGCCCGGAGGGGCCCAGCCUUCCGGGGCCGCAGAGGGGGGCAGCAGGUGCAGAGCAGAAUCCCCGCCCGGCAGUGCCACACCCUCCCCGGGCCCUGCAGCGCCUGGUGCUGGCGCCGCCUCGGGAGGGGUCCCCGGGGGCCACACGGGUGCCGGUGACAGGCGUGGCUCCGCUUCCCCGGUGAGCGUGAGCAGUGAGGACUCCUUCGAGCGGAGCAUACAGGCAGAGAUAGAACAGUUUCUAAACAAGAAAAAACAACACGAAAGCCAAAAAUGCGAGGUUUCCCUAGACAGAAAUCCAGACCCGAGUGAAACGCCUGCAAAACCAGCAUGCAAAGCCAACAGGGAACCAUCCGCCAAGGUGCAUCGCCAGGAACUGCUGAGUGCAUGUAAGGAGUUUGUCUUCCGAAAACCUCCCAGGGUCACCAGGGCCAGUGCACAGCCCAGAGGCCCCAAGUCCAAGGUCACCAGUGAGCUGGAGAACUCCGGCACCUCAAAACCAGUGGCCCUUGAACCCCCCACCGCCUGCCAAACUCUGGAAGCAGCACAGGCCAAAGCAGGCGUUAGUAAGAGUGUGGGUGGUGGGCGGAGGGGACCGUGGGCCCAGAGCACAGCCCUGGGCCCCGAGGCGUCCGACUCGAGCAGUGACGACGGCAUCGAGGAGGCUAUCCAGCUGUACCAGCUGGAGAAGACAAGGAAGGAGGCAGGCGGGGAGCUGCCACACAGAGCCCAGCCCUGUGAGGACCGGGGACCCAGCCCUGCCUCGCUCAGCACAAGCAGCUCCAUGAGAAGUGCCUUGCCUGAGCCCCACCGGAAAGCACCGACCAGGAGGAAGCAGAUCCCCACCAAGGCCAUGGGCCCAGACCCUGGCGGCCUCCAUUCCGACCGUGCCCCCAGGCCACAGAAGGAUACCACGGUCCCCACACCUCCCGUAAAUGCAGCUGCCAAGAGCGAGUCUGCGGAACGGUCCUCAUGCCGGGUGGACACGUCCACCGAGCUGAUGUGUGCAGAAGCCAUCCUGGACAUCUCCAAGACCAUCCUGCCAGCCCCUGGGGCGGGCGGAGACAGGCCCCUGUCCACAGGCAUGCUCCCGUGUGCCCCAGAGGUGCCUUCCCACCCUGACGGGGACAGCAGCUCCGUGGACAGCGACGACAGCAUAGAGCAGGAAAUCCGGACGUUUCUGGCGCUGAAGGCCAGCACUGACAGCCGCCCGCAGUCCAGAGAGAGCCCGCCAUCGUCUCCCAGACCCAACCACCAGGCCGGCGGCCCCAAGGCCCCUGUCAGCACAACACCGGACUCAUCACUGAGCUGCAAAAGGAAACACAGAGGCGGGGGCCAGGCUGUGAGACCGUCAACACCGAAGAAAACGAAAGAGGCGGCGUGUGAGAGUGUGCAGCAUGCUGACCUCUGGCAGGGGAAGGUGCUGCCCGGCCAGGGCGGGUGGGACGCUCCGGGCCAGAGCAGGGAGGGCAGGGCCAGGGGCCAGGCGGUCCGGCUCAUGGACGAGCACGCUGUCCCGGACACCAGAGGCGGUGUGUCCCAAGGCCACGGCAAGGUGGACGAGGUGAGGGUCGUGGAUGAGAAAGAGAGCUCAGAUGACAAGAGCAGUUCGCUGGACAGUGAUGAAGACCUUGACACGGCCAUCAAGGACUUGCUGAGCUCCAAGCGGAAGCUCAAGAAGAGGUGGAAGGAGCCCAGAGCUGGGGGCAAGAAGAGGGUUAGGUUCAGCACCACUGAGACCCAGUUUUUAGAUAAACUAGGGGGCUUCCAGAAAGACUGGAAAGAUAAGAGCCCACAUUUGUUGAAAAGCUGCCUCUCAAAAUCCAAAAAAGACAGCAGGGAAAAUGUGAGAAAACCUUUGAACUUCCUCACCAGUGGAGCUGAGAGGAGGAAGCCAGAUGCUGCCGGGAACGAGCAGGUGCCCCUGGCUUUCCGGUUAAGGAAAAAAGCCGCAGAAGGGAACUGGUUCUCCCCCAAAAUGGAAAAUCAGAGUCCAGCUUCCAGCCCCAUCUCCCUGUCUGAUGACAGUAGCUCAGUGGACAGCGAUGACAGCAUUGAGCUGGAGAUUAGGAAGUUUUUAGCUGAGAAGGCCAAGGAGUCCAUGAACAGCUCAGAAAUCCAAGGAGGAGGCCCCACCACCCUAGGGUCAGGGCUCCCGCCGAGGCCUGAGCUGCUAGGCAGAAAAGAGCUGACCCCGGUACUGGGCGCCCAGCCAGGUGUGUGCACGCGGAGCCAGAGGCGCCGGGCAGCCCCGCAGCCUGCAGGUGAGGGGCUGAGGGGCCCGGAGAGAGCCGGGUCACAGAGUGCAGCCAGCGUCUUCAGCCAGGGCGGGAAGGUUGCCACCCGCGCCGAGCAUGCCAGCCUCCCCACCGCUUUGGCCAAGUGCGACCCAGCACCGCCCAGGGGCACCAGUGGGACCAUGUCUGCCAAAGGGUCACCCGCAAGCAGGAAAAAUGAUUAUGAUAACAGGAACCAGGGCCCCAGAGGACUUGAGCCCACUGCUGCGGAGAAGGCUUUUGGUCUGCUGCCGAGCUGCUCCAAAGCUGUGGCCGAGGCGGAAAGCACCAGGCCCUUCCAGGCCAGCUGCCGGAGCCCGAGCCUCCUGACUCAGAGCCCAGGAGCAGAGGGGGCGGGCCACCCUCUCCUCAGCGGCCAGCCCCAGGUAGACCCGGCUGUCCCCUGGACCGAUUUUGCCCAACAGAGCCGGCUGCCGAGCACGUGGGCGCUAAACACAGAAGGGAGACACCCAGCCUGGAAAGGGGGCCUCGGGAGCGAGAGGGAGAAGGGGGCUGAUGGGCAGGCCAGGGGCUCACCCAGCCUGGUGAUGGACCCCAAGAAAAGCCUGCCCUUUGCAGGGUUUUCUCCGCUGCUCUCCACCCAGCUGUUCCAUUUUGGGAAGAGCUUUCCCUGGGGGGGCAAGCAAGCUGGUCUCUUCAGCUCCCCGCUGAGCCUCCCUCUGCAGGGGCCAUCCUUCUCCACCUUCCGAGAGACCCCAACGGGCCCCAGCCCCGUGUUCGGAGGCUCACACUUGCUCAUGAAGAAGGAAGGUGGGAGUUGGGCAGACAGGCAGACCCAGGCCGGGCUCGGUUUCCACAGCAGGCGGAACUCGGCCGCAGAGGAAAACCUGCUUGACCUGCGACACGGGCGCAGGGUCCCCAACAGGGGCGAGGAAGACCAGGAGGCCCUGGGCAGCGACGCCAGUGAGUUCAGCGACACCUCCGUGGAGGAAGGCGGCGGCGCGGUCGUCACAGGCAGGGUCCUCACGCUGUGAGCCCACGUCCUGGCUUCCGCCGCACUUGCGGAAAGCCGUGCACUGUGAGCAUCUGUCAGCGUGACCGAGGCGACUGAGAGGGCGGUCUCGUGCGCCCACACACUGUCAUGAAACCGUGUUUUUAUUUAACAGAGGUGUCCUGGUAAAUAUGAUUUUUUUUUGUAGCUUUUUGUAAAUUAUUUAAAGUGCUGUAAAAAAUAUUUUUGGAAAAUAUAGCCGUUCGAUUUUGUAGGGCAUUCUUAACUGCAGUUUUCUGUGGUCCCCAGUGCAAGUCUUAGAUUAGAAACACUUGGCUCUUACAGUCACAGCCAGCUGUAAAGACGCUCUGAGACCAGCUGGUCCUUCUUGGCUGCUCGCCAGCGAACAUGUCCUCUUGCACCUGCAGCACAGCCCAAGAAAGGCAGCGAUUGCAAUACUACCCCAAAGGUGUCGGGAGCUGGCAGGACAGCACUGGUCCCAAGAGGCCAGAAUGCACCCUCUGAAAGCUGCAGUCACAGCCCCCAAAGGGAAAAACGUCUCAAAGCACAAGGGCCAGUGAGCCAACAACUGGCCAUGGCGUGCCAGCCCCGGGUCCGAGCCUCCCAGCGGUGGCACCAGAUUCCUGUUCAGUUCGUCCUUCCAAAACCUGUGUUGUUCAGUGUCUCCUCUGGUUCCAGUACUAGGUGAUUACAAAACCUGAAUAAAUGUCUUUGUACAGGGGAGCUGCUGUUCUUCAUUUUUAAUUACAGUCCCAAAGGACAACAGACCAUGUGUGCAUUUUGCAUUCCCUUGUCUCGAUUUGUGCAAAUGACUAGGUGCCAUUAGAACUGCUUAGGAGUAUUUGUCCUAAGCCCUGGUGAUGUCUGGAGCCCAGCACUUGGGUCAAGACUCCCCCAUUCUCACCAGGAACGGGAGCCCAGUCAGGGAUGAGCCCCAGCAGCAAAGCAAACGUGACGGUGGCCGACGGCCUGCCUCCCAGGGAGGCAUUUGAUGGACUGUGUCCUGCACUGCAACUCGGCCGAAGCCUCUGGUCUUCUGGUGCUUCUUUCAGGCAGUCGGUGUCUAAACUGAGCCUUGCCGCCUGCCGUGGCUCUAAAGGAAGAAGGGGCAGCUCAUGUCAUGCAGGGCUAGGCGCGGGCGGGUCACGUUCAGUUGGUGACUGGCCAGCGUUCAUCGGUGGCCUGAGUUUUACAGUUCGUGUCAUGGUUUAGCUAGGAGGGACCUGGAACAAGGUUUUCUUUCUGUCCUUUGCUCACCCCAGGGUUCCAGCUGCCCUUCCCUGGAGGACUCCCAUUUUGCUCAGUCCAAAGUUUUGACGAAUGGGUGCUGGCAAAUGUGGCUGUCCAGGGCCUGCCUGAUGUGUGUUUGACUUUCCUUGCCACACUUUCAUCCAUGUAAGCACUUCCAGGGAAAACAACUCCACGAGUGUUAUCCAUGCUUUAAAUUUUAUUUAAUUUUUAAAAGAGUGCCUUUACACUGAAAAACAAAACUUGACUUGUUUUGUGUGUAAGAACCGUGGUUUAAAUACUAAUAAACCAAGCACUGCUCAUCAACCCAUUUAUGCAGUGUGUCCCCUCCAGGGUCCGCCCCGAGCAUGGACCGAAGAACCGAAUUGUCGCCUUGGACCUGCAGGGCCCUGCCUUGGGGACGGCCACAUCUCCAGCCUCUUCCCCAGCCCCAGGAGCCCUUCCCACCUCCCUCCUCUUGCUGCCACUGAGCUCCCCAUUCCCUGUGGUUCCGCCGUGCAGGGCUGCCCCUGGACGUGACACCCUUCCCGCCGUGGAGGGAGGAGUCGCUGUAAAACACUGGGUCCUGCUAGCAAGUGCCCAGUGCCCACAGGUGCAGGGCGUUCACGCUUUACCAGGAGAAGCUGGUAAUUGGCUCAAGGUGACACGUGCCCCUCACUAAAGGAAAGACUUGAGACUUAUAUCUGCCUCAUGGAGCAUUUUGGUCCAAUUCCAGUUUCCGUAGAAGAGGUGGUUUUGUUGGCAGUUGGGGCUCCCUGUUGGGGUGUCUGGGUGCUUGCAGGGAGGGGCUUGGACCCUCAUGAUUGAGGCCUCUGCUGAGUGCCCUUUGGGGUUCCUUUCCAUGGAGCACUGGGGGUGACAGGUGCCUUGGGGACUCCCUCCUACCUUUCUUCUCUUGCUAAUAGAAAUCUCCCCUGAACCGCCUCUCUUCCUGCUUUGCAAGAAUCUGGUACCUUUGGGAUCCAGGAGGCACAGUCCUCACUUCCCUGGAGUUGUGUGCAUCGCCACGUCCGUGUCGCUUGCAACCUGGCAAACUUUAGCUUCCGCUCCUCGGCUGACUCUGGCUGGUGCCAAGGAGUUGGGGCACCACCACCUUGUUUGUUCCGGGGAGGGCCCAAGGUGGGAGGGUGCCCUGUGCGGGGAGGGGACUGCAGUGGGGCAGCUGCGACCGGGCCGUGCCUUGCAGCCACUCUCCUGGGAGCUGCUGGUCCUUGCCCGCUGGGGUCUCAGGCAGAUGGGUAUUACAAUGACAAGCUUCCUGAAAAUCUGCAAUUAGAAAGACCCAGAGGCUGGUCACACUGCUCGUCAUUGCCAAGUGCGAGAGAGUGGGAGCCAGGGGCUCCGUUGUCUCCUGCAAAGACGGGGAGAGGUCUGACUUAGGAGGUGCCCCCAUGCUCCGGGGCACUUUGUCCUUGCCUGGGGUUGGGUGUCUGUGGAAAAGAGCAGGUGCAUUUCCAAAGGCCCAGGGGAAGGGAGAGAAGCCCUUGGUGGUUCGUGUUGGAGCUUCACACCGACAUCGUCACAAAAGGAAGAGCUCUGUGCUGUGGAGUCUACCAUGUGUUCUCUGUUGCUCUGAAUUGGUAUCAUCAGACAUCAGGCUUUCCCAACCUGAGAGAUACGGCACUUGUAUUUGAAAAUCAGGCAACAAAUUUAAAUACAAGCACCUUCCUACUCACGUGAAAACACAAAAGGCAUUGCCUCCGUGGUCUCUCCCUCCCCCACAUCUGUUGAGGGGGAGACCAUGGCCAGACCACGGUCCCUGCCUGCAGCUCGUGCCCAGGCUCCCACCCAGUGUGGCUGCCCUGGGGCGAGAAGCUUGGCACGAUCUGCAGAAUUGCUGAGGCCGCUGGUAUUCUGUGUGCUGGGCAUAAGAGAUUGUUUCCCGCUUUCGAGCUAUUUCACUUUGUAUUUGAAAUCAUUUAUUCUCAUUGACUGUAAUUAAAAAGUGACCGAAGAACAUAUACAAAUGUAAAUGAAAAUAUACAUUUAGAGUAAGAGGCCACUGGCUGCAAACCAAUCCAGGAGCUAAGUUAAGUGAUUAGUAAAGUGAUGAAACUUUAUUUUUCAAUUUUUAAUUUCAGAGUGAAAAAAAGGCAAAAAAAAAAAAAAAAAGACCUAGUCAAGAAAUGCA